CAUCACUACCCACAAUUCCACAGACAAAAACAGGAAGAAAGGUGAUGUGUUUAGUAAGACUGAGACAGUAAAAGAAUCGGUAGUUGUAGAGAAAUAAGAAAGUAAAUGAAUUAUAAUUCCUAGAAGUAUAAGACUACAGGUCACCAAAUAUGUCUUUCAAACGGGAGGGUGAUGAUCAAAGUCAGUUAAAUGUUCUAAAGAAACGACGCGUUGCAGAUCUUCUGUCAAAUUUUAUCUCAGACGAUGAAGCUGUUCUGAUGAAAAACGGGAGAUACAGCUGCCUUGUGUGUUCUCACCGUCCUGUGUUUGACACUGUUGAUAUGCUCAUGGUGCACAGGAAGGGAAAGCGACAUCUUGAAGGAAUGAAAUGGUUCUACGGCAAAAAGAAUAAACUGCAACGUGAAAUUGAUAAAAGAAGGCAUCAAGACUAUGUCAAAGCAGAAGAUGAUGUUCGACAGGAACCCUCCAGUUCAGCUCCUCUACUGAGCCAAACACGCAAAAUUACCCAUCAUGCCUUACUCAGAACUGCUCCGUACAGUAGCUGCCACAGAAAGGCCAGUGAACGAGCGGAAUCGUUGGGAUGUGGUCAAGAAGAUGGAAAUGAUCAAGCCAGCAAUAUCAACUCUCAUACGUCCAUGAGCACAGGAAGUAUUGACUCCAUGUCAAUAACUAGCACAACAGUGCAUCAAGGCCAGACUGAAGGGAAAGGAACGACAAAGAAGGGGUCCAGCAUUGUGACCUCCACUGAUUGUGAACCUCUAACAGAGCAAAGACGUAGAGAACUGGACCACUACCUCAAAUUAAAGAGUUCAGGGUGGCUGCAGGACCGAAGUGGAAAAUGGGUAAAAGAUGAGAAUGUCGAGUUUGACUCGGAUGAAGAAGAACCGGCUCUGUUGCCUCCUGAAUCUUCAUAGCAGACUCUGCUGAAACAGCUCCAUACAAUUCAGCAACUGCUUAAAAGGCUUCAGGCUACAACUGUGUGCGAGAUGACGAUAAUGUUAUCGAUAGUCAGCUCUCAUAUGACACCUUUAUGUGUGAGCCACUUUAUAUACAAUAAGGUUGAAACUUUAUAAGACAUUCUUUCUGGAAAAAGAGUUUGUGCUGUUGCAUUGAGCAUUUUGCAAAUUGUAUUAGUACUGUGUACUUGCCAUCUGGUUUAAUCAAUUUUCUGAUUCUGAUCGAAUAGAGGAUGUUUUGGAAAAUAAAUCAAGUUAAGUCUGUUAGUUAGUCCUCCUCAGUCUGUUCAAUCUCAUGUGGUGUAUUUUUACAUACAUCAUUAUCAUUUUACUUUCCAUGUGUGAAUGUUGUUUGCAUGAUUGAAUAAGUGGAAAUCUGUUCCAAAUCAAGAACAGAAUGUGGAACGGCUGCUUCGUACUGCGGUUCCUUUGCCAAAUGACAUCAGAGUGAUCUUGGCAGAGUGGGACUACAUACUGCAAUAGACCUGGGAAGUUAAUCACCCACAGAAAGCGAAAUUUCACUUUAGCGACUGCUGUACCUUUUUAUAAAUUCUUUGAAAACUGUACUUGUCAAUUGGAGACGCUUGGGAAUCUUCGUAGCAGGAUAGCAGCUGUUCCAAAGGGGAGCAUUAAUCUCCUUGAGGAAGGCGGUAUAUAUUUGGAGCUUUGUAAUUCAAAGCCAUCAGCCAGGGUUUCAUGACUGGGUGCUCUGCGUGUAUAAAUAGGAUUGUGCCAUUUGUUUUGUGCCUUUGGGUUUGGGUCAUCAUGCACAGGUUAAUCAUAUAAAAGUUAUGAAAUGACCCAUGCAUAAUUUUAUCUCGAUCCUCUAUUAAUUUAAUAAUGCAUAAUCUAAAUCAAAUCUAUAUUGCAACAGAGUCCGGAUCUUCAAAUGUUAAUGAAGCUAUUUUUUUUUACAAUGAGCCUGUUGAGAGCAUCUGCUUUGAGAAUGUAAUUACGUGUUUACACUUCCCACAUUUUUGGAAAGAAAUGAUGGGGG